AUGGCUCUAUAUGAGGCUCUGUAUGGCAGAAAAUGUCAGUCUCCACUAUGCUGGCAUGAAACUGGAGAAAGGAGUUUGUUAGGGCCUGAAAUGAUAGCUGAAACUACUGAACAGAUAAAGAAGAUUCAUAGUCGAAUGCUUAUAGCCCAGAGCUGCCAGAAAAGUUAUGUUGAUCGGAGGCGAAAGCCUUUGGAAUUUGAGGAAGAGGAGCAUGUUUUUCUGAAAGUUACACCAACCACUGGAGUGGGAAGAGCUAUUAAGACUAAGAAACUAAAUCCCCGUUAUAUUAGACCAUUUGAGAUCCUAAAGAGAAUUGGGCCAGUGGCUUAUAGAAUUGCCUUACCGCCGUAUCCUUCGAAUUUACACGAUGUGUUUCAUGUAUCACAGCUUCGGAAAUAUACUCCUGAUGCAAGUCAUGUUUUGGAACCAGAACCAAUCCAAGUAAGAGAAGAUCUAACACUCCCAGUAAUUCCGGUGAGAAUUGAAGACUUCAGUAUUAAACGAUUACGCGGAAGGGAAGUAUCGUUGGUAAAAGUAGCUUGGAGUCGAGCUGGUAUCGAGGAACAUACCUGGGAGCUCGAAUCAGAUAUACGAAAGGACUAUCCACAUCUCUUUUCAGGUAACUAG